AUGCAGGGCUACGAGAUAACAGUGAAUGUUGAAACAGAUGACGUGCUACCCAUUGGACUAAGUGAAUAUGACACCCAUAAUAUUAUGGAUGUUGAUGGUGAAUUGCAUACAACUCUUGUAGGCCCGAAUGAGAUGACUUUUAUGGGAGAGUCGUCAUACGAGGGAAAAGAAUUUGCUACAUUGGAGGAGGCAUACAACUAUUACAAUUCUUAUGCAAAAAAAUGGGUUUUGGAAUCCAGUAUUGAUGAAGAAUAUAUUACUGCACAACAAUGUAUUGAUCACAUCAGAACUAUUAGGAAGAACAACAUUGGCAAUGAAUGCAUAUCCAUCAUAAAGAAUUUUCAAGAUAGGAAGGAAAUCGAUCCAGAAUUUUACUUUUCCAUAGAGCUGGAUCAGUCGGGGACUAUGAGGAGCGUGUUUUGGGCUGAUGGGAGAUCAAGAUCUUCUUACUUAAGUUUUGGAGAUGUAUUGGUGUUCGACGUCACAUAUAAAACCAAUCAUUUAAGCCUACCAUUUGCUCCAUUCACAGGUGUAAAUCAUCAUCGGCAGUCCAUUCUCUUUGGUUGUGCGUUACUUGCAGAUGAGCAAGAGGAUACCUUUAUGUGGUUAUUCACUCAAUGGCUAAAAUGCAUGCAUGGGGUUGCACCAAAAGCAAUUAUCACCGAUCAAGAUGCACAAAUAGGAGGAGCUAUCAAACAAGUUUUUCCUAAUACCCGACACCAUUUUUGUUCUUGGCAUAUUGGCAGACAUAUUGCUGAGCAACAACUUCCAAUGAAAGCACAAUAUGGAGAUGAGAUUUCUACAUAUUUUGAUAAGUGGUACCGAGCUAGCACUAUUCACAAUUGUGAGGAACGUUGGAAGAUUAUGAAGGAGAAAUUUAAUAUAGAUGAGAGUGUAGAUAGUUGGCUGAUGAGGAUGUACAGAUUGCGUGCACACUGGGUAGAUGCAUAUUUGAAAGACAUAUUUUGGGCAGGAAUGACAACUAGUCAGAGGAGUGAAAGUAUCAAUGUAUUUUUUGAUGGUUAUGUAAAUACAAAGACUAGGCUUGUGGACUUUGUAUGCCAAUAUGACAAAGCCUUAGAAAAUCGCCGUGCAUCUGAAUCUCGAGAAGACUUUAUGACAUUGAAUAUUGUGCCUGCAAUGUGCCUUCGACAUCCAAUUGAAGUGCAAGUUAGCAAAUUAUAUACUAGGGGGAUCUUCAAAAUAUUCCAAGAUGAGCUUACUAAUGGUUUAUCACUUUUUCAUGAAGAAAUGAUAAAGGAAGAGCCAAAAACAAUUUAUCUAGUUGGUGAUUUUUCUGAAGAAAAAGAUAAAUGGGAAGAAGUUACAUAUGAUAAAUCUAGCGGGUUUAUGGUCAAAUGCUCUUGUGCACUUUUUGAAACCAAUGGGAUCCUUUGUAGACAUAUAUUGCAUAUAAUAUGGCUUCUUCAGUUGACAGCUAUUCCUGAUAAUUAUAUAUUGCAAAGGUGGAAAAUUGAUGCAAGGCACAAAAACAUUAGAUUUUUUAAUGAUAUGGAUGUAAGAAGCUAUGAAGGUAGCGUGAAGCAGUGCGAUAUUAUUAGAUUGUGGGCAAUUCGAGCCAGAUUCAAUGCUACCCUUGAGAUGGCUUCAUGUUCAGCAAAUGUCAUUUCUAUGGUGGAGAGAAUGCUACAAGAUAUCACUGUAUCAGUUGAGAAGGAAGUAAAGCUUAAUGAAAUUCAUAUUGCAAACUCUCAAAUUGGAAGCCAAAUUAGUUCAAAUGCAAAUGUAGUAUUGAGAGAUGGUGAAGAAAUUUUAAUUCGUGAUCCUAGUGGCCCAGUCAAAACAAAGGGUCGUCCAAGAGGUGCUAGCAGGUACAAGUCAGGAAUUGAAGAGUCACAAUCCAAAAAGGAUAUAAAACAUCGAAAAUGUGGGAAUUGUCAACAAUUGGGUCACUAUAAGACUGGUUGCCCGAUGUUGAUAUGA